GCCCGGACCGUGGUAAGCACACGGAACGCCUAAACGAACGAAACGCGUGAAUUACGCAGCAAGGAAACAACGUUAGCAGCUAAUGACAGCGGGAGUGAGGUCGGUACACCCGGCUAAUCAGCAUUCAAUCACCUGCGAGCAGCAACCACAGGAGGGCAGGUGACAGCAUACGCUUACGGACGACCCUGUACAGGUUUCUUCUAGACCUGCAGCAUGGAGAGUAGGCACAGGCUGCUCGUCCACGGAGCACGUCAGGUAGUACAGGUCGUCGCUAACGGGCAGCAAGUGUUGAAGGGUGCAGCUAUGAGACAGUUGGCUGAAGUAACGGCCGGACCAGCAGGGGGCGUCAGCAUCGUCGUGAACAGCAACGGUCGCAUAGCGGACAUUGGCCUUGACUCAGUGGUCACCUCGAAGUACGGCGGUGCCACGUUCGAUCGAACGAUCAACGCACGAGGGAUGUGUGUGCUACCAGGUCUCGUGGACGGUCACACGCACCCCGUGUGGGCCGGAGAUCGGGUGCACGAGUUUGCCAUGAAGCUCGCUGGCGCCACCUAUAUGGAGGUACAUGAAGCUGGGGGAGGGAUCAACUUCACCGUGAGACACACGAGGGAAGCCUCGGAGGAGGAGCUCUAUACCAGCUUGUGCGCCCGACUCAAUACGAUGAUCAAGUCAGGUACAACUCUAGUGGAGUGUAAGAGUGGAUAUGGACUGAACGUUGAGACAGAGCUGAAGAUGCUGCGUGUGAUAGAGCGCGCUCGCCGCGACAUGCCCAUCGACAUCUCUGCCACCUUCUGCGGCGCCCACUCCGUCCCAGAGGGCGCCACCGCCGCGCAGGCGACAGAUGACGUCAUCGACGUGCAGCUUCCGGCCGUCGGGCGGCUGAUGGACAGCGGUCAGCUGCGCGUCGACAACAUCGACGUCUUCUGCGAGCGCGGCGUGUUCGACGUCGCGCAGACGCAGCGCAUCCUGGCGGCGGGCGCCGCCGUCGGUCUCGCCGCCAACUUCCACGGCGAGGAGCUGUCGCGCCUCGGCAGCGCCGAGAUGGGCGCUACCCUGGGCGCGCGCGCCAUCUCGCACCUCGAGGAGGUGAGCGACGACGGCGUGGCGGCGAUGGCGCGUCAGGGUACGAUCGCCGUCGUGUUGCCGACGACGGCGUACGUGCUCGGGCUGCGUCCGCCGCCAGUCCGCGCCAUGAUCGCCGCCGACGUCGCCGUCGCUCUCGGCAGCGACUUCAAUCCGAAUGCUCACUGCGUGUCAAUGCCGCUAGUGAUGAACCUCGCCUGCGUGCUACUGAAGAUGUGCAUGCAGGAGGCGCUAGCAGCAGCCACCAUCAACGCCGCAGCGUCCCUGGGGAGGGCCGACACACAGGGGUCGCUAGAGGUGGGAAAAUACGGUGACCUGGUGCUCAUAGAGGCGGAUAGCUGGGAGCAUCUGAUCUACCAGAUGGGCGGUCACGAGAAUCUGAUUAAGUACACGGUCAAGGAAGGCGUAGUCAUUCACGAAGCGCGAGAAUGUGUGUCGUCAAUGAACGCCGGUGUGGUGGCAGAAACAUCGUGGAUAUGACAUGAUAGGUCUAAAGGGUAGCAUAACUUCUGUGCAUGGAGUGUUGUGCAAAUGUUAUGACAGCAGAGUAGCUAUAAUAUGAUGUUUCUGACAACGAACCCUGAGCUUGUCGCCUUGCUCCCAUAAUCAAAUAACACUACACAGCUAAGCGGCAUUGCGGUAAUGUCGGGUGUAUGUGAUUAAUGUAAAUAAAGGGCUGGGAUAAUUAAUUAUCGGGUAAAUAGUGAGGCUAAUGAUGGGCUUGGUGCUAAUAACAGUCUUGUUCGUCGGCAAACGAAGUCAAUAAAUAAGACCUGCGAUGGAAAAACAUGA